AUGGGUAACCUCCGCCGCCACCACCCACGCCCACGGUCGUCGGCGGCGGGGCCCCUGGAUGAUGACAACCUGCUCUCCGAGAUCCUCCUCCGCCUCGACACGCAGCCGUCCUCCCUCCCCCGCGCUUCCGCCGUCUGCAGGCGCUGGCGUCUCCUCGUCUCCGACCCCGGCUUCUGCCGCCGCUUCCGCCUCCACCACCGCCGCAAUCCUCCCCUCCUCGGUGUCCUUGACAAAUUUUUCGACGGCGACCUGUCCUUGCUACCUACCGUGGAGGCCCCCAAUCGCUUCCCGGAGGGGGGCUUGUCUCUGAGGCUCGACGACUUCUUCGUGCCCAUCGGAUGUCGCCAUGGCCUUGUGCUCGUGUUCCUCUCGCUCGAUUCUUGGAGAGAGAUCCUGGUGUGGGAUCCCAUCACCGCCGAGCAGCACCUGAUCCUCUUGCCCCCUGGGUUUGUGACGCGCGGGGGGAAGGGUAUGAUCAAUGGGGCCGUGCUUCGGGCCGCCGGAGACGACGACGACAUCCAGGUGGUCGUGGUGAUGGCAGACAAAGGCAGACCACAUAGGCGAGCUUUCUUGUGUGUUUACUCUUCAAAGAUCGACCUAUGGGGUGAGCUCAUAUCAACGGUACUUCCAUCUAUGAGUCUGACUGAUGUUGCUUGCACGGGCAUGCCCGCUGUGCUGGCUGGGAAUUCUCUUUACUGGCUGCUUGUCGGGAAGAUUUCUGUAAUUCUCGAGUUUGAUAUGCAGAAACAGAGCCUGGCCUUGAUACAGGUGCCAGUGCAUAUGCUUGAACAGGGGCGUCCCCUAAACUGGAUCAUGCGGGCAGAGGGUGGUGGCCUUGGUUUACUCUUCGAGACAGACUGCAGCUUCCAAUUAUGGAAGAGGAACACAGAUUCUAAUGGUGUUUUUUCAUGGGUCCUUGGAAGAACUAUCCAACUGGAGAAGCUACCUUUCCUGAAUUCAGAGGAGAAAGACAUGAGGAUACUAGGGCUCGCCGAGGAAAAUAAUGUGAUGUUCAUGCGGAAAGGCGGCGUCGUCUUUAUGGUCCAUCUUGACUCAUUGCAGUUCAAGAAACUUCUUGAAAAUGACCCCGUUACUUAUUAUGAGCCAUUUGAAAGUGUCUACAACACAGGUAAUACCAUGCCUUCACACAUAUCGAUUAUAAUAAACCCAAAUUACUUUUUGAUAAUUGGUUGA